AUGUCACGAAUCCUUAUAGUACAACCAUGUAUAGUUGUAGACCAAGUCACUUGGAGCCCCCCCAACACCCCCUCUUGGGGGGGGGGAGGGGGGGGGGGGGGGGGGGGGGGUGGGGGGGGGGGGGGAGGGGGGGGGGGGGGGGGGGGGGGGGGCGGAGGGGGCGGUUAUGGAGAUAGUUGGGACAAAGCUGUUGUGGAGUUGCUUGGAUGGGGACACACACACACACUGAUAGACCCCCCGGGAGGAGGGGGGGGGGAGGGGGGGGGGGGGGGGGCCUGGGGCACUCCGCACUUAACAUCGUUUGGGUCAGAGAUGACGCCGCGAACUCUUACCUUCAGAUGUUGUUGA